UCAAUGACGACAACUGCACGGCGCGCUCCACCCAUUAAUGAUAUUUAAACUCUAAAUAGCUGAAGAUAAAAUUUAAUUAAAAUAAAAAUAAUAUUAAUAUCGAACGCGCGGUGCACGAUUUCCUGACAACAAUUUAGUUUCGCUUUUCAUUCGAUUUUCAUUACAUUUUCCAUUUGCGUUUUUCACACACGUGUUAUUUUUUUCUGUUACUCGCACUUCGGUAGUGGUUAUUUUUUUUGGGUUACAUUGAAAAAAGUACAUCGACUGCCAGCAGAAUCCCCGUUCGAGCCUAAAUUUGACCAAUUGACGGAAAAUUAAUUGAGCCCAAAACUAAUUAGCAAGCGAAUAUAUUUUUUACGUGAAACGAGCGUGUUAUUUGUCAAAAUGAUUUUACAAUUGAUUGUGUUUAAGUAAAUGAACCAGAGAAAUCUAUGUGUUUGUGCUACGAUCCGAAAAAUCCCAUAUUGCGAUCACACCCUAAAUGCCUUUCGUCGAGCGAUUUCAACAAAUACGUAAUUUUGUUAUGAACGUCUGCCUCGUCGAGGCCAUCCAAUUCGUCCAGGACCUUACGCAUGCCCUCUGCCUGGAUCUCCAGGGCCUGUUCAACCUCAAGUAGAGACCCCGACCCCUGAGUCGCUCCCAUCUCGAUCUCCCAGCGCUCAUCUCAUCAAUCACCCAGAUACACAACACUCAUUAGCCAACGGCACACGCAUCUCUCAUCGCUGACCAAAAACGAACCGACAUCUAGACGGACAUUUUGCUUGGUUUUUA